ACGUCGGUGUUUACGAUCGGAGGCGGUAUCCGUUAAGGUAGCCCAGUUAACUUGGUCAGCCUGUCACGUUAUCGACUAAACGCCAGGUGGUCGGUAAACGUUACUCGGUAAAGAUGGGUGAUAUAAACCCCUCGACAUCCCACGCAUUUCAAUCAGAGGGCUUCAGUCCGCCAUACAGGAGGAGGAGGACAGUCGAAGAUUUUAACAAGUUUUGCACUUUUGUCUUGGCCUAUGCUGGUUACAUCCCUUAUCCCCAAGAGGACUCGCCACUGCGCAGUAGUUCCAGCCCCCCCAACAGCACAGGCAGCACAGCUGACAGUGAUGGCUGGACCCCGGGACCCUCACCCUCCUGCCCCCAGCGCCCCUCCAAGGUCCCCCAGGACAGGAGCAGGAAACGUCCACAGCCUGGGGCUACACUGUCCAGUCACACCAAGAAAGAUCACACAAUCACCACCCUGCAUCCAGAGGACCGCAGAAAAGCCGAUAAGCUGAAGAAGAAGAAGAGGAGAAAGGAGAGGGAGCAUCAGGCUGGUGAGGAGAGGGAGCAUCAGGCUGGUGAGGAGAGGGAGCAUCAGGCUGGUGAGGAGAAGGAGCAUCAGGCUGGUGAGGAGAGGGAGCAUCAGGCUGGUGAGGAGAAGGAGCAUCAGGCUGGUGAGGAGAGUCAGCAGGCCCACACGACAGUCCCAGAGCUGCAGUCCCCUUUCUCCUUUGGUGGCAGAACAAUCAAAGAAGAGCCUGACGAUGAUAUCAGCAUCCCCCUUCAUCCUCAGCACUUACCUAGCCCACCCACCUGCAAAGAGGAGCCCAAAGAGGAGCCGAAGGAGGAGCGUCGACACUGGGAUGGUCGAGACCUUGAAGAAGGGGUGGUAAAGGUACAGAAGGUGGAAGGCUUUUCAGGAAGCAGAACAGUAUUCCGCCAGGGAAAACAGGUGGUGUUCCGAGACGAAGACGGAUCAGGAGAGGACGAGGACAUCAUGGUGGACUCAGACGACGACUCGUGGGACCUGGUGACGUGUUUCUGCAUGAAGCCUUUUGCAGGCCGGGCCAUGAUCGAGUGUAACAAGUGUAAUACCUGGAUCCACCUGUCGUGCGCCAAGAUCCGCAAGAGCCACGUGCCAGAGACAUAUGUGUGCCAGAGCUGUCGAGAUACUCAUGGACCCGCAGAUGCCCGCCGCUCCCACCGCUCACGCAUAGGCCCGCGCAAACAUCUGCUAGACUGACCCCAGGCCGAACCUUGAACUCUGACCCCCUCCACUCCUGUGUCCCCCCUCCACCUGCUGGACUGACCCUUCCUCAAAUUCAGGUCUUGCACCCUUCAGCAGUCUGUCCUUCAUGGUCAGCCAUGAACCCACAUUUUCUAUAAACACUUCGGUGGACCUAUCCGGAGCCUUUAUCCCAUUUGAAAACCGUUUGAGUGCUAUUUUACAUUUACUAAGGUUUGUUUCUGCUUCCCUACAGACUCUGUGCGUAAGGCAAUCACUGAAUGGAUGUCUGUCUGUAGAUGACAUUAGCAUAGCAGCAAACCGCUACUGUUGGGACUUUGUGCCUCAUGAACACUGGAAACAUUUGAACUGCCAUAUAGAGAGAAUACCCGCACAACUGCCACCCACUAUGGUGCAUGCUGGGAUUUAUGGGAAAGACGGUUUGCACUUUUUCUCAUGUUUAAAAGAAGAAGAAAAAAAAAAGAAAAAAAAAUCCAUCUGACCUUUCUGUGAUAGGGACAGGUAUGUCUUUCUGAUUAAACUGGAUUUGAUUUCUCUAAGAUGCCUCUAUUAAUGUUACACGAUUAACCAUUUAAAAUGACAAAAAAACAAGUUAAGCCUUGUCUUUAUUGCUUCAGAUGGUGCUAUAGUAUUAAG